ACAUAUCAUUGAAUAAUCAAUCUAGAAGUGUGAGCAAACGCUAGCAGGUUUUAGGAACAAACGCUUUGAAUUCCUGAACACGAGCUUGAAAAGUCAAUGAUACUGUGGCAACAUAAAGGGCCUAUUGAUUAGUUGCAGAACUAUCUAGCUCUCGCGGCAAAAUCAUGAAAAAGCUUCUUUCAACGAUUAAGGAUUUCCAUUAUUCACUCAAUAUGAAUAUGUAAUAUUUUUUUGUACAGAAGUCAGCACUGGUUGAAAAGCAAGGCUACGUCACCAACGAACAAGACGCAGAUGUUUUUGCAAUUUGUUGGCACCCGGCAAGAUAACUGAGGAUUCGUCACAUUAAAAAACAGCUUGGCAACAGAAUAAUCAAAUGCAUCUUCAUCUGUGUCCAUGCAAGACAUACUAAUCUUCAGCUUUAAAAACAGCAUAGAAGCUGAUCGGAAAUUUGCAUAGAAAGAAAACUGCAAGAAUUCUGAAUGCGCUGUUUGGUUCGUUGGACCUUCGUAUUUUUCGUUGGAUACUCGUAUUUAGACAAUUUAAAACUGCUCAAGAAAAAUUCAAGACUAAGCUAGACUUGACUCGCUGUUUGGAACAGGUAUGGUUUUAAAAACAAUUCAAACACUCUGAACAACUUUACGCAAUUUAAACAGGUUAUUUUGUUUUAACAUGAAAGCGUUGGAACAUCUUCAGUGAUAAGCAGCAGCCAUAACUAUUCAGACAGUGAUAAACAUCGGUGAUAACAUCGGUAUGAUAAAUCAGAGUCUUAAGAUACAUAGUAGCACACUCAUGAAAAUCAUUCGCGGUGCAAACAGAGCAGCAUACAAAAUUGUUGUCUGAAAGGAAACUCAUAGAUCGUCUUGAAAGCGUAUGUAUCGGAUUAGGAUGCUUAAGUCUGGUAACAACGAGACAUUAUCUCUGAACGGAAUAUCAGAUCAAACCUACACAAUUGUAGCACUGUAUAUGAUAAUCGUUGGAUUCUUAGGGGUUGUUUUAAAUGCAGCAGCAGCUUUUGUCUUGAUGACGAAAAUAAAGAGUUCAAGCGCCCAGACUCAUAUACUUUUUAGCUUAAUGGUAAGUGACGCAUUAUGCACGGCAAUAUCAACCCCAUUUACAAUCCAUGCUAAUCUUACAAACAGUUGGAACAUGGGACAAAACGCAUGUGCCUUCUAUGGGUUUGUGACGUUCUCUGCCGGUCUCUCUAGCAUCUACCAUUUGCUGUUACUUUCUACAGAGAGAUUCAUAGCAGUUGUCUACCCUUUCAGAAGCGAGAGGUUGCUCCGCCCAUGCAACCUCAACGUGUCUAUUGCUCUAUCAUGGGUACUGGCAAUAAUUGUGGCAUCGAUGCCAUUUUUCGGCUGGUCCUCAUACAAGAUAGAAGGUAUAGGGACUUCGUGUGCUGUUGAUAUCUUUCCAAAUACAAUCAAUAGCAUCAGUUACAGUAUAUUUAUAUUGCUAAUUGGCUAUGUUGCUCCAAUGUGCGCUAUUGUCUUCUGUAACGCACGCUUCCUCAAAGAGGUCCACAGACUGACGAAAAACACUGGAUCAAGUCGCACUAACGCAAUAGGUCGCCGAGCAAAUGCUGCCUUGAUUGAAGAAGACAAAAGACUUCGAAAGCAGAUGUGCUUCCUCGUGUGCACCCUGAUACUUUCCUUCAACAUGGCUUGGCUUCCCUACGCAGUCAUAACGCUGUUUGGCCUAGCAAGAGGAUCCCCUUUUGACAAUUUGUUAAUUUGCAGCAUUCCAUCUUACUUUGCAAAAUCUUACUCUGUUUAUGAUCCUGUCAUAUACUUUAUUCUUGAUAAAAAAUUCAGAUCCUCUUUGUUCCGAUGCCUCAGAAAAGAGAAUAGAGGGCAAGAUAGAAGCAAUGAAGUUGGAGACUUCCAAGAAAUGCUAGAUGUUCCAUUUGUUACAGUAGGGGAAGCAUGAAAAGAUGUAGAAAACCAUCUAGAAAAAAGGUGAAGCUUGAGAAUGCUGAGGAUCAACUCUUCACAUGCACACGGAAAUAACGCAUGGACAGGCAGUACUUUCGUCGAGCUAUCACUCAUUGUUAAAUGUUAAUUGUGACUUCUUCAGUCUCUUAUUCCGGUUUUUUACACUUUGACUCAAGAUAAAAUGAAUAAGCUACGAAACAAUGAAAAGAGGUGAAGCAGAGAGAAUUCACUACACCGUCAGAUGUUGAACAGCUGUUGCCAUUCGUUUUGCUUUCAACUCCACCACGAACCAGCUUCACAAUCGGUGGUCGGUUUAAGUGCCGUUGUUGUUACCUGCCAAGAGACUA